GCCCUUGGACAGCCCCUCAAAUGAAUGGGACUGGGUAAAAUUGAGAACUACAGCUCCUUGUCUGGCCGCGUCUGUAGCAGCCGCAGAGGAAGAGUUGAUCAAGAAGGUCCUCAGAGAGGGAACUGCUGGCCGUGGUGAUGUUGCGCGCGGGUUUUCUAGGGUAGCGAUCUGGAAGGGCGCUUUUUCUGCGCGCUGGCUCCCCGUGCCCCGCACCGGCCAUGCGCCCGGCCUUCGCGGUGGGCCUGGUGUUCGCAGGCUGCUGCAGUAAUGUGAUCUUCCUAGAGUUGCUGGCCCGCACACAUCCAGGAUGCGGGAACAUCGUCACGUUUGCCCAGUUCUUAUUUAUUGCUGUGGAAGGCUUCCUUUUUGAAGCUGACUUGGGAAGGAAGCCACCAGCUAUCCCAAUAAGGUACUAUGCCAUCAUGGUGACCAUGUUCUUCACGGUCAGCGUAGUGAACAACUAUGCCCUGAACCUGAACAUCGCCAUGCCACUCCACAUGAUCUUCAGAUCGGGCUCUCUGAUUGCCAACAUGAUUCUAGGAAUUAUCAUUUUGAAGAAAAGAUACAGUAUGUUCAAGUAUACCUCCAUUGCCCUGGUGUCUGCGGGGAUAUUUAUUUGCACUUUCAUGUCAGCAAAGCAGGUGACCGUCCAGUCCAGCUUGAGUGACAAGGAUGGAUUCCAGGCAUUUGCAUGGUGGUUACUAGGUAUUGGAGCACUGACCUUUGCUCUGCUGAUGUCGGCAAGGAUGGGCAUAUUCCAAGAGACUCUGUACAGACAGUUCGGGAAACACUCGAAGGAGGCACUGUUUUAUAAUCAUGCCCUUCCACUUCCCGGUUUCAUCUUCUUGGCCUCUGAUAUUUACGACCACGUCGUUCUGUUCAAUAAGUCUGAGCUCUAUCAAGUUCCAGUCCUCGGAGUGACUGUGCCCAUCAUGUGGUUCUACCUCCUCAUGAAUGUCGUGACUCAAUACGUGUGCAUCCGGGGUGUGUUCAUCCUUACCACAGAGUGCAGCUCCCUCACCGUCACACUGGUCGUGACUCUGCGAAAGUUCGUGAGCCUCAUCUUUUCUAUCCUGUACUUCCAGAACCAGUUCACCCUGUGGCACUGGCUGGGCACUGUGUUUGUCUUCACCGGGACCUUAAUGUACACAGAGGUGUGGAAAAACCUAGGGGCCACAAAAAGUCAGCUGCAAAAGGACGACAAGAAGGACUGAGGUCUGCCCGGACAGACAGUCGCUGUUAUGUGAGAGUGGCCUCGGCUGCAGGUCUGGCCAUCAUUUCACCUGGGCUGAAGCCAAAUUACCACAGUAUUGAAGCAGAGCUUCUUCUGACAGGAUGGGAUGGCAGCAUUUGUAGACUCCACGUAGGCAUCCCUGAGAUAGAAUAAACAGAACAAACAAGGCUUCCAGGCAGACUGUCGGGAAGCUUCCGCAUUUGCUUUUCACUCUCAGAGCUUGUAGUUCUCUACCUGUGUUGCACUUGUUGCUACCGAUGAUUCUUUGCUGUGACAGCCUAUGUACCUCUCUCCUCCCAUCACCCUCCACACUGCAGCACUUUGCAGCGCAGUCAGUGCUCCAGGCACAGUCAGGCCCUGAACAAUCCAGUGGACGGGUGAUACAUUAGACCCCAGGAAUGAGGCUGGACUCCCUCCAGUGUGGUGAGAGAGAAGCAGUUGACCCCAGGAGCACAGCCCUUGAGAUACGUGAGCUGGACAUUGGUGAUGCUUUCUGUAGUAGAGCAGUCCUGCAGCCAUCCUUGCACAGUAGACAGGAAAAAAACUCGGAAGUGGAUCGAGAAGAGGGAGGCCUUUCCAGCCAUCUCCCACGUGAAGCCCCUUGGCCUGUUAGGGAGAUGGAGAAGGAAACAUGGCCAAUACAGCUCACUCUUUCAGCACCCUGAGAGACUAUUGCCCCUGGGAACCUGGCCACACAUUCACAUGGGUUUCAGACGUGUGUCUGUGAGAGGUAUUAGGGCCUGGUAACCAGGCCUGAGAAUUAUCAUCGGUCAAGUCAUCGAUGAUUGAUUGAUUGAUUGAUUGAUACACAGGUGUGAGAGUGGUCAAAGCCCAGCUGCCACAGAGUGGAGUCUUAUUUUCCCAUUGAUAUGGGGCUGCUUUUGGUGGGUGUGCAUGAGAGGUGGCAUGAGACAACAUGUUUACAUACAGAAACAGGCCUGCCUCUUCUGCUGAUCAUUCUGAAGGUCCGAGUUUCCUCUCCUGGAUCCUCUUGAGGAAGAGUAACCCUGUUGCAUAGCAAAUGGUGCUUGUGUGCCCUCAGCUGGAUUGUAUGUGAUUGAAGAGCAAGGGCUCCAUGUUGGUUCAUUUCCUCUUUUCUUCUCUCAGAGCCAAACCCUCAUUACCCUCACCUAGCCAUCUGCUCCUCUGCAAACAGCUAAACUCACUGACUCUCUCACGCAUGAACAGCAGCCUUCCAUUCUAUCGCUAUGUGUACACUAUGCUCUUACACUGAGAUGCGGCUCUCCGUGUCUCCUUGGCUCACUUGUAGUUUUUUGUUCCUGCAUCUGAAGAUGCUCUUUGAUGGGUCUGAACAGCAGAGAGAACUGAACAGCAGAGAGAACUGUCCUAACCCUCUGGGUGCCCUGGGAAGGCAGUUAAAACGACUUUACUUUGUGUUACAUUAAAUGCAGAUGCUUUCUCCACCUAAGUCCUCGUUUACAGACUGAAUCAUUCUGGCCAUUGACACCGUCCCAGUGCUGGAAAUGGGCUGUUCCUCAAAGAUGCUGAAUUAGAUGGAGCCCAUUCGCAAUCCUAGAAGCUCCUUAGCUACUUUGAAAUAUGUGUGGUUGCCUGGACCAAUGUUGCUAUAAAUACCAAGUGUUAAAUGUCCCCUUAAAAAGACAGUAAUAAAAAGUACUUUUUUCCUUCCUGUUAACAGAAGAAUCUGUCCCUAGGGGCUCUUGAGGCUCAAUUCCGAUUACUCCUGAAGGCUGUAGCCUUUAGUUAGCCAGUGCUUCCCUUUUUACACUGGAGAAGUACCGCACAGCUCGCAGUUCAGACACUACUGGCUCUAACCCCUUAGGGUUUCAGAUCGUGUAGCCCUUUGCCGGUUUUAUUGAAGGAGAUGCAGGAGCAGGUCAGAGUCAGAACUCACAACAAAAUGUUCACCUGCGGGAACAGAGCACAGGAAAUGCUCUGUGAGCACUGCUGGCUCAGGCACAAGCAAGUGCCCCAGCUGCUUCCUCCCAUGCUGUAGAUAAAAGGCAGUGUAUCUAACAGACAAUAGUUACGAUUUUGUUACGCUAUUCUAAAGGUUCUGUUUUCAUUUUAGUUGUGUAUCUUCAUUACACAGGGCCCUGAGGUUGAACAUUUUCCUACAGUUGAGUACAUCUGCCAUGCUCUGUCUUCUGACACUCUCCUACAGUUGGGUAUGUCCCCCACACUCUCUUCUCCCCUUGCUCUCCACCUGUCAGGCCUGUUGUUCCCUUGAACAGUUUGGCUUCUACCUUCCGAUCACAUACACACCAUGAUUUUAUGUCUCUACAGAGUCCAGGAACUACAAACAAGAGUACAUAGAUGGUGUUUGUCUUCCCUCCACUAGCUUAAUCUCCUAAUAGGACCAUCUCUGGAUACAUCAUGAAAUCAUCUUUAUAAAAGUCAUUCCUC